GCAAAAGUAGGGCAGAAACAGGUGAGGAAGGAAUCAAACUGAAAUUCUGAACCGGACGGUGGUCAGAGAUUUUCUCCUUUUCUCAUCUUUUUUCGACAGUUCCUACUAACAAAAACAAUAUAAUAUAUAUGUAAACAAAAAGCAAUUGUUGCCCGAAACAGUUAAAAAAAUAAUAAUAAUAAAAAAAGGAAAAGAAAAGGAAAGAAGGGUCGAGGGGUGACUUUUCAGAAAAACUUUGUGGCAAAAAUUCUUGGCGGCUUCAAAUUUCUCGGCAAGAACCAAAUAAAGCAUAUUCUUCCUUCUUCUUUUUUAUCACCUUUUCAACUCAAAAUCAAAAACCCAGAUCAAUUCUUGAAUGCAUUUUCCAAUCUUCGUCAAAGGCAUCUGAGAGCCCAUUUAAUCUGCCAUUUAAGCAUUUCCUUCGCUUAAUUUUCAGGUAUUUAAAUAUUCUCUGGAUCGACCUAAACAAUAAAGAGUAGAACUUGUUAGAAGUCUUUUUAUUUGGGACAAUAAUCAGAGCAAUUCAAUAUGGGGAACAAUUGGUUGUUUUUCAUUGAAUCAGAUGGUGGUUUUGGUAGUUUUUCGAUGGAUCCACUUGUGCCACAUGUGUCAGGGCAUUGGCUCUUACAUGUAUCUUCAUUUGUAGACAAUUCAAGAUAUUUUUAUGUCCCUGGUAGUUUGGCGCUUCAAGAAGCUUUCAAUUGCGUAUCAAAAUUUGCUGGUGCCCUACUGUUAUGGUUUGCUGGUGGUUCGAAUUCCCAUAUCAACAACAAAAUAACUGGUGAUCAUAUUGGUCCUAGUUCAAGCUGUAAAGCUUCAAGACAAGUAAAGCACGUUUAUUCUAAUAAGUGUGACUUCUCGGGGAUUUUCUGGAAGUCAGGAUAUAAAGGUAUAUCUGCUGUCCCAGCAGCAUUUGGUAGGAUAUCAAGGUUCACUCUGAAGCAACUGAUUAAAGAAGCCGAACAUCUUCAAUCACUUCCAGUGCUUUCAUUAGCUUCUGCACUGGUACCACCGAUAACUAAUGUCUCUUCAAAUGGACUAGCUAUUCCACUGGAGAAUGCUUCUGUAGAAACACAAAGAUGCAUGGAUGAUAGAAGGCCCUGCGAGGUUGAAACAGGCUGUGGACCGUGUGGUGAAAUUUAUCUCCAGAAUUUAGCUUGGUCUAGGAAUGCAGUUGAGCCUAGAACUGGCAUUCAGUUCCCUACUAUGUUGGACAACAUAAUAACUGGAGAAAACACCAGUUUUACUCCAGAGGUCCUUGUUGGAACUGGAUCUAGGACUAUGACGAUAAUCAGAAUCAAAUCUCUGAAACUCUAUGCAUUUGGUUUUUAUGUUCAUCCUUCUGAUGUCUGUGAGAAAUUGGGCCCGAAGUAUGCCUGCAUUCCGGAAUAUGAGUUGAAUAAACGCCAAGAUUUUUAUCAGGAUCUUCUAAGAGAGGAUAUUAACAUGACUGUUAGGCUCGUGGUUAGCUGCAACGGAAUCAAAAUUAAUACUGUAAGAGAUGCUUUUGAGAAGUCUCUUCGAGCCCGAUUAAUGAGAACAAAUCCUGAUGCUGACCAUCACUGCUUGCACACAUUUGGUUCCAUAUUCUCGCAAGAUAUUCCCUUACACGAGGGAACGACAAUCAAUUUCCAUCGUACAGCUGACGGAAAACUAAUUACUGAAGUUGGAGGAAAUCAACUCGGAGCCGUCCAGAGCAAGGAUUUAUGCAGGGCUUUCUUUGACAUGUACAUUGGUGAUGUUCCUGUGUGUGAACAAACGAAAGAAGAGAUAGGCAAAAAUGUGGCGAGUAUCGUUAGUACAUGCUAAGUCAAUUCUCUCAAGGGCGGUAGAUAAUUGGUUGCAUACUUGCAGUUCAGUACCCGAAUGUGAUGCUUUUAGCUUAGUUGUGAGCAGAAAAAUGAAAAACGGACUAGUCAGUGUAUAAGUAUACACUGAAUCUUUUCAUUCAGUGAGUUUGUUAUACAUGAUAGGAAUUUUGAUUUCCACAUAAUUCUUUCUAGCUUUGUCAGGAGAUUCAGUCAUUUACUAUCUGAGGAUGUCGACUGUUUGUAGAUUUUACUUUUGGUGAUUUUGUUUGUUGAAAGAUAAUAAUUUUGACUCCUCCAUUUGUAUAGAAAAAGAAAAUAUUAUGGUUACUCC